AUACAAACACCUUCGAACAGCUAGAUGGUUGCCUACUGCAAGAAGACUUGUUCCAAUCGUAUUCCUUUGGUUCCUGCGUCAUGAGCUUUCCUGUGCCCAGAUAGCUAAACUGCUCGAAUAGGCCUCACAAAUGUCACCCAAGAAACCUAAGGAUGAGGGCUCUGGUCAACCUGCCGCGCAACCGGUGGAUGGCGCAGAUCCAUCUAGGCUCGCGUUCACGUCCGCAAUCGUGGCCGCAUUGAAGGACCUGGACACGCGCAAAGCACCCUCGUCGGCGGAGUUGGGCCAGCGGGCGUACGCAAAGCUGCAAUAUGACCUGCCGUUGGUGUCCGUGGAGGAGCUUCAGGGUCUGGCCGAGACGCUCAGGUCCUCGCUCCAGCUCAAGUCUGGGGAGCCGCCUCUGGCGUUGACCUCCAAGCUGCUGGAGAACGUGGUGGCGGGGGCCCGCGCGCCGCCAGUGGCGGCAGCAGCCGGCGCGGCCGCAACAGCAGGAGCGUCGGCAGUGGUAGCAGCAUCCACAGCGGCAGCCGAGGCGGUAUCGGGACCAUCAGCUGCUGCUCAGCAGCCAGGGACCGCGGCGCCACCCCGGAAGGUAACCGCAACUCCAGCCGCAGCUAGAGAUGCAGGCAAUGCCGCCGCCUCCGCACACGCUGCCUCCAAUUCAGCACCAGCCACUGGCGCGGCCUCAGCCGCCGCUGACCCAACCACCAGCACCAGCGCCACCGCCAGCAGCACGCCCGCUGACGCCGCCGGCAGCGCCGCCGCACCCCCGACAUCAGCACCCACCACGACCACCACCACCACCGCCACCAGCAGCAGCCUGCUGGACCCGGCGCUGCUGCAGGCGGACCGUGGCCAGCUGUGCUCCGCCUACCGCGCCCUGUGCGCCGCGCUGUUCGUGGACCUGGUGUCGCACUGCCUGGUGCUGCCGGAGCAGGACACCUGGGUGCUGCUGCACGCCGUGGGCGACGGCGGCGAGGGAGAGGAAGAGUGGGAGGAAGAGGGGGAGGGCGAGGAGGCGGAGGAGGCGGAGGAGGCGGAGGAGCAGCGGCAGAGUCAGGAGCAGGGAGGGGAGGAGGAGGAGACACAUGCGGCGGUGGCGGCAUCGGCAGGUGGGGCGUCGUCGGCGAAUGGUGGCGAUCAUGCCGGCGCCACGGGGCAGGGCGACGGGGUCGGCGCGGAGGGGCUCCCCGAGGGGCUGCGGCAGUGGAUGGCGGCGCAGCGGGCCGGCGGGCAGCCGCCGGCGGCGGAGGCCGCGCCGGCGCGGCCCACAGUGAUCUAUGAGGAGGUGGAGGCGGUGGAUGAGGACGGCGAUGACUUCGUGUUUGAAGACCUGGAGGACCUGCCGGGCCCUGCUUCUCGUAUGACCGCCAUCGCCUCCACGUCAGCGCCAGUCCGCGGCGGCGCCGCCGCCGCUGGGGGCUUCUCGGCGCUCUCACCGUCGCUUGGCGCGGCGGCCCCCGCGCCGCCGUAUAGCUGGCCUGCACUGCGAUUGCGGCUGCUGCUGUUGUCAAACCAGGUGUCGUACGUGCUGCUUGAGGACGAGGAGCUGUGGGGGGACGGGCGGUUGAUGGGUGGGGUGUUCCAGCUGCUGCGGGCACUGGGAGCACACAGGCACGCGCAGGAGCUGCAGCCGCUGCUGCACGCCUACGUGGGCCUGCUGGCGGACCGCCUGGCCGCCGCGCCCGCCGAGAUCGCCUGCCUGGACAGCCUGUGGGACGCAGUGGGGUUGCCCGCGCUGGCGGCGCUGCCAGCCGCUGCUGCAAGGGGCGGGGGCGGGGGUGGUGGUGGUGGUGGUGGCGUGAAGCGGGCGCCGGGUCAGGGCGUGCUGCUGGCGGAGGCUAGCACGUGCCUGUCGCUGGUGGCGUCGCUGGCGGGGCAGCUGACCGCGGCCAGCGCCCGGUCACGGCUGUGGCAGCAGGUGCACAAGCACGUGCUGCCGCUGCUGGAGCGCUGCCUGGGCGAGCUGGCGCGCGCGGUGGCGCCGGCGCCGGUGCAGGUGGCGGCGGCGGCCAAGCAGGCGGCGGGCGGCGCGCCGGCGCAGAAGGGGCCGGGGCCGGAGGAGGUUGCGGCCAUCGUGCUGGUGUGCCAGGUGCUGGACUUCUACGUGGUGCAGCGCCCCGGCAACGCCGACCUGAGCACCGCGCUCAAGGGCACCGGCGUGCUGGGCUCGCUGUGCCGCCUGCUGGCGGCGGCCGCAGACCUGCCGGGCGGAGAGUCGCUGCGCGGCGCGGCGCUGGGCAUUGCGGCGUCCAGCAGCGAGCUGCACGCCUGGAUGUGGGCGGUGCCGGGCGUGGCGGGCGCGCUGACGGCACCGCCGUUCCAGGAGGGCGCCCCCUACGAGGCCCACGGCGCCGUCUGGCAGCUGCUCGCAAGCUCUUCCUCCUCCGCUGCCGCUACCUCGAAAACUAGCAGCUCAAAAGCCGGCGCCGCAGCCACAGCCCCUGCCGUCAGCAACGGCACUGGCACCAGUAGCGGCGGCAGCAGCCUGGCGCUCGGCAUCCUGGCGGGCGGGUCGGCGCCGGAGAAGGCGCCGCGCGUGCACACCUUCCUGCAGCUGCUAACCAAGGCGGCGUCGUGCCGCGGCAGUAGCGGCGGGCGAGGCGGCGGCAGCGGCGGCUCCAAGCUGUGGGGUCCUGAGGUGGAGAGGGCAAUGCGGGAGCUGCUAGCGGCGCUGCGUGAGGGCACGGGGCGGGCAGCGAGUGCCGGGGCCGGAGCGGGGGGCUCGGGGACGCAGGAGAGUGGCAACGGGCAGGCCUCUGGCGCCGGUGGUGGUGAGAGCGACGACGAUGACGAGGAGAAGCUGCAGCUUCUGGAUCCAGAGGCACUGUUGCGGCGCCGCGCGCGGCAGCUGCACCCCGCCUGCUGGCGCAUGCUCAAGCAGCUGCUAACCUCGGGGCCGGAGGCGGGCGGCAAGACGGACUGAGUGGACUGAACGGAGGGGGGGCUGAGUGUACUGAGCGGAGGGGGGACUGAGUGGACUGGGCGGGGUGGUGGAAGAGAAGGGCAUACCGUAUCAGUACAUAGAGGGCUUACAGAGCAGCACAUGCAUAUGGUGCUUGAGGAGCGGCAGAGUGCAUGGAACAUUGGACACUGAGGGCUUAGGUUGCUAAGGCUGGUGUUUGUCGGGUACGUUUUUGGGCUGAGCCCCCCCAACACAGCGUUCAGGGCUGGGUGCCACACGCGAAACACCAUCCGUGGACCGAUGGGUUUUCGCAGUAACCAGUAC